AUGUAUCAUGUUUUGACUAAAAACACAACAGUGACGGAUCACAACCGCAACCUGCUGGUGGAGACUAUUCGUUCCAUAACGGAGAUCCUCAUAUGGGGAGAUCAGAAUGACAGCUCAGUAUUUGACUUUUUCUUGGAGAAGAAUAUGUUUGUUUUCUUCUUGAACAUCUUGCGUCAGAAGUCCGGUCGUUACGUGUGUGUGCAGCUUCUGCAGACUCUCAACAUCCUUUUUGAGAACAUCAGCCAUGAGACAUCACUGUACUACCUGCUCUCUAAUAACUAUGUAAAUUCUAUUAUUGUCCACAAAUUUGACUUUUCUGAUGAGGAGAUCAUGGCAUAUUACAUCCUUUUUGAAAAAAAAAAACUCAAUAAUCAUACGGUGCAUUUCUUUUAUAACGAGCACACUAAUGACUUUGCUCUGUACACUGAAGCUAUUAAAUUUUUUAACCACCCAGAAAGCAUGGUCAGGAUUGCUGUCAGGACUAUAACUUUAAAUGUCUACAAAGUGUCAUUGGACAACCAACCUAUGCUGCAUUACAUUAGAGAUAAAACUGCUGUCCCUUAUUUCUCCAACCUCGUUUGGUUUAUCGGAAGCCACGUGAUAGAACUGGAUAACUGUGUGCAGACCGAUGAAGAACACAGAAACAGGGGCAAACUGAGUGACCUGGUAGCAGAACAUCUGGAUCAUUUGCAUUACCUUAACGAUAUCCUUAUCAUUAAUUGUGAAUUUUUAAACGAUGUGCUGACAGACCACCUACUUAAUAGGCUCUUUCUUCCUCUCUACGUGUAUUCAUUAGUAAAUCAAGAUAAGGGCGGAGAGCGUCCAAAAAUAAGUCUCCAAGUUUCUCUCUAUCUUCUUUCGCAAGUUUUUCUAAUUAUACAUUACGCCCCUUUGGUGAACUCACUGGCUGAAGUUAUACUUAAUGGUGACCUCUCGGUGUUUUCUUCUAAAGUUGAGCAAGAUAUACAGAAAAACUCAGCAAAGUCAAGUAUUAGAUGUUUCAUAAAACCGACAGAAACCCUUGAGAGGUCUCUUGAGAUUAACAAACAGAAGGGGAAGAAGAGGAUGCAGAAAAGACCCAACUAUAAAAAUGUUGGUGAAGAAGAUGAAGAGGAGAGAGGAUCUGAAGAUAACCAAGAUGACCUAGAUAAAGCUAAAGGUACAGAAGCAAGUUCAAAGGGCGUCAGAACAAGCAGUGAAAAUGAAGAAAUAGAGAUGGUAAUCAUGGAGAGGUGUAAACUGUCGGAAUUGUCUAUCUCUGCUGUGACAGAACAGAAUACAACAGAUGAAGAAAAGAGUGCAGCUGCUUCUGGGAGUGAGAUAACAAGCUGGAACAGGCCGUUUCUCGACAUGGUUUACAAUUCACUGGACUGUGCUGAGGAUGAUUACUAUGCCCUCUUUGUGCUCUGUCUUCUCUAUGCAAUGUCACACAACAAAG